ACGACGGUCAAGAAAAGAGAGCGCCGACAAUGAUCGAUGGAUGCCGCCGUCCAAAUCCAAAGCACUAACACUUAUCAUACCUAUUUACUAGACUACUGUCAAGAUAAUCACUACUAGUAUCAGCCUCAGCAGCUAGCUAGCUAGAGUUCUAUCUGUAGAAGAGUGAUCAGAGACACGACAAUUUGCUGUUGUGGGUUAGAAGGAUACCCAUUUAAUUUUUGCAUCCCCAACGAUGUAUUUCUGCCUCCAUCGAUCCAUAUCCACUUGUAUCUUGGGUCUACUGUCCCUUGUCGUCGCGAGUAAUGCCUUGUUUGCAGAUGAAGUGGGCGUAUCUGAUUUUUUGGUAGCUACAACAGGCCAUGGCCCUACCAAGUUUGUGUUUACAACAACUUCCGGAGAGAGUGUCAUUACUUCGGACAGUCCUGUGGCUGGACACGAAUUGAGCGCAUCCACUCUGGCUACCUCCUGCUAUGUGGCCAGUCGCAACAUCGGCAGUGGAAAUUUACUGUGGCGUCGCAAUGUUUGUUCUUCCGAAAGCAAAAGCAAUCGUCAUACCGUGGCGGCUGCCAAGGAUACCGUGUGGACCAUGGAUUCCUUGGGGGUCAUUCGGGCCUGGGAAGCGGAUAUUGGCAGAUUGAUUUGGGAUGCCUUUCUGGAGACGGAACCGACGGAUCAGCCUCGUCUCUUGAUGCUGCCGCCAUCAUCGUUGGGUGCUGAAGAAGAGACACGCAAUGGGAUUGGUGCUGUAGCCAAGGAUCGAAUGUUGUUAUUGGACGCUGUCACGGGAGAACCACUCGGAAAACCCUUGAGUGCAGCACAAAUUUUAAACGACAAUGGAGCUUCACACGGAAAGUCUGGACAACAAACAGCCCAAUGGUUGCAAAUGGUCACUGACGAAAAGGAUAAAUGGCGUGUUUUGCUGGGAUGGAUCUCCUCACGAGAUGGAAUCGAUGUCACUACCACGGGAUCAGACCUUCUGCUCGUGGAUUUGGAAUGGCACCAAGACGAUGGAACCAUCACUGUUGCCCACAGUCAACGACUUGAUUACAUCACCAAGCAAAUUGAUGCGUCCUCGCUUCACAUCAUGCCAACGUCUGGGAGUGCAGUUGCCUUGAGCGCCGACGGGACCCAUGCUUUGUCAUUUGGGGUAGCCAACGGACAGGGCAAUUUUGAUGCUGUCAAAUUCGCUGCUUUGGCCCGUCCCAGUUCACUCUCGGUAUUGAGUGACACGGUGGCGAGAAUUCGAGGGAUCGACGGAAAUGGAAAGCCACAAGAAGGCUUGUUUCAAAUUCCUUCCUGGAAUCCUCUCCCAGAUGUAGCAAUUGUUUCCAGCAUCGGUUACGGGUCGUGUCAGGGAUCUACGGCUGUCGCUGUUGCCAUCGGGUCGGGUGAACCGUCUGUUCAAGUUUGGAAGCAAGACGGAGCGAGCUGGAAAAGCGUCACUAUGAGUGCGCUAUCAGCCAGCCAGGCUACCGAGAAUGCAAUGAAGUCUCCAACGUUGACUGCCUUGGCUUGCAAUGAGGGUAGCACGGAAUUCCUUCUCAGCACGCCGUCGGGGACAACUGGAGCCUUGCUGGUUGACACUUCCCAGGCGUCCGUCUCGUGGACAUGGACGGCAGAAGAGGGCUUGGGCCAUAUCUCGUCAGGACUUGUUUUGGAUGCCAGCCAUGCCGUCGUUGUGGAUGAUCUGGUGGUUGAAGGCGAUUCUGAACAAGAACCUGCCGAAAUCGCUCGGCGACUCGAAUUCUCGGCUCGGUUGUCGUCGCAAUGGGAAUCCUUGGUAGGAGCAGGUGCCAACCUAUUGUCCUCUUCUUCCAAAGACAAGUUGUUUGGAUUCCUACAGAUUGCCGUUCUGGUGUCGGAGCGGACGGAUCGCUUGUAUGGAAUGGAAUUGGCUGGCCCAAGUCGAGGAACCGCUGCCUGGACAGUUGAUCUGCCGUCGGGAGCCAUGUGGCACAAACUUGUGCAUGGAACACACAAUGCAGCAAAGUCGACGCAUGGAAUGCACGGAGGAACUCACGCGAGGGAAGUUCUAGUGGUUUCCGCGACAACAGACAGCCAAAUCGGAUGGAAAUGCAUCGAUGGAACCAGCGGGGAAGUGCACAGUGAAGGAUCCAUUGGAAUCUCUGCUCCGGUUGUGCAGGUUAUGCCCAUAGUGGGCGGAGGUGCAUGUCGCCAACAAGCUGCCCUGAUGCACGAAGAUCAUACAGUUUCUUUGGUUCCAGCCGAUUCGACGUCCUUCAACCAUGCUUUGAGCGCUAGUCCAAAUGGAUUCUUCGCUCAUGUCUUAUCCGGUUCUAACGAUGCUACUGCUCGAUUGGAGUCUUUCCAGAUCACUUCAGCCGAAAAACCGGCUGUUCUGGUAGGACAAACAUCUUUCCCCGGCGAAAGACUUAUUCAAACUGUCUACCCGCUUCGAGCAGAAGUGAUUCAGUCCCCUUGUACCGUUUUGGGAGAUGAUUCGUUGCUUCUCAAGUACUUGAAUCCACAUCUGGCUGCAAUUGUGACAGUGCGCGAUGGAACGCAUAGCGAAGAGGUAGAUUCGUUUGGUGAAGCACUGAGAAGGUCAAAGCAACAGACUGAAAAGAAGCAAAAGAAGAAACCUUUGGGCGUGACUCCCAAACCAGGGGCGAAGACUGAAGCUACCACGGCAGACGCUGAAGUCACUAAAGAAGAUGAACCCAAUCUCUUUGUGAGUCUCGUUGACACUGUUUCAGGCCGGGUUCUGUACCGUGCCAGCCAUGCCAAUGCAGCCACAAGCUCAAAGCACAUCCAAGCUGUCUUCAGCGAGAACUGGAUCGUGUAUUCGUUUGUGAAUGCAAAGACUCGCAAGGCAGAAGUCGGGGUCCUCUCGUUGUACGAAGGAAUGAUUCAUCGCAAGGGGUUGACUGCCUUCACUUCCCCAGAACAGACGACGGAGUUCUCGAGCUGGGAUGCUCGGGAGACCAAGCCUAUUGUGUUGGCUAAGACAUAUUCCAUCCCAAAACCAGUCACAGCCUUGGGCGUAACCCAGACUCGAAGUGGUAUCAGUGCGCAUCAGAUCCUCCUGGCAACCUCAGAAGAUCGAAUCUAUUCGGUCGGAAGGGCUGUGCUAGAACCGAGAAGGCCAUUGAGCGACUUGAAGGAAUCUGAGAAGCUGGAGGGCUUGAGGCAGUACUCCGAGCUGAUCCCAUUGGUCACGCUCCAGGCCUUAUCCUACAAUUUGACAGUCCACGCGCCAACACAGAUCGUGUCAGCUCCGACAGAACUGGAAUCGCAAACUUUGGUUUUCGCCUUUGGAGGCCCGGACUUGUUCUUUACACGCACGUCACCAUCAAAGGGAUUUGAUAUGCUCCCAGAAAGCUUCAAUCGGAUUCUUCUCUCUUUGCUUGUCGUGGCGUUGCUUGUUGUGGUUGUGGUGACAAAGAGAAUGGCAACGCAGAAGAUUGUCAAGCACGGGUGGAUGUAGUGGGUUUCCGGCGAGAUUGAACUCAAAUAUUAAUAUAAAACUCAUACUACAUUUGUGUUGCCAGCUAUACAUGAAAGGAACAACAUCAAAAGGCAAGAGGGGAGCCUUUGGAACGUUUUCACCUUGGCUCCUUUUAGAAUAAAGCCUGCGUUACUUGUCUAAUAUCCAGU